AUGACGACGACGACGACCGCGGCUGAAGGCGGCGGCGGCGCAGCGUCGUCGUCCCCUUCGCCGCCCAACCUGCUCAUGCAGUUGCCGCCCGCUGCCGGACAGCAGCCGCGGCUCUGCGCCGGACAUUCGCCGGUGUCCCCGCCCGGACCGCAAGUCCAGAUGGCGAGGCCGACGCUCCUCAUGGAUGUGGCUAUCCGCUGUACUGCACCUAACUGUACUUGUGACUGCUUUUCCCCUUGCAAGGCUCAAAUACGCAUCUGUGAUGGUUGUGGCCAUGGAUGGGUUAGUCACGCCCUGGACAAGUUAGGGUUCCGCCACCUCUUCAACUGCCACCAAGUGGAACUAGUUCAGCCUAGCAUUGCCUUCGACGUAGCUUCCCUCAUGUUGUACGGCACGCAAGCGAUACCCGUUCGUCUGAAGAUACUACUGGACAGGUUGUUUAGUGUUCUCCAGCAUGAAGAGGUUCUUCAAGUUCUUCAUGGUUUCGGAUGGACCUAUGAAGACUAUGCAAGAGGCUACAUCAUACAGGAUCCUUCGGGGAUAGUUCUUGACAAGUGGCUUCUUGCUUCCCGAGAAGAAGAACCUCUAAUCCUUCAGCAAUUUCUAAGAUUUGGAGAGACCAAAGCGAUAGCUCAGCAGUUACUGCUUCAAGAAAACAGUGAGAGGACUGAUUUCAUAAUUCAGCCACCACGAACAGAAUCAGAUAUCAAAAAAUUCAUCGAAAGGACUAACAGAGUUGUUGUUGGAAACUCUAUUUUCAAACAUCACGCCAGCCAUAUCUAUAGUCACAUGUCUUGUCCAAUGCCUUCUUUACCACUCAUCAGCAAACCUUCCUUCCGAAAUCCAUCAUCCAGUGUAAGUUCCACUCAAUCCGUUUCUCCUACCAUAUCUUCGCCAGUCAACUGCACCAGCCCCAUGGCUUCAUCGCCCCUAAACAAACUUCAGAACAUGCAACCGUACGAUUUCCGGCAAGAAAAGACCAGUCCCGAACAACCGAGGAAUGAGGGUUCGGACAGAAUUGCACAACCUAAUUCCUACAGCAUUAGUUCCUUGACUUCUCCCACAACUUCCGUCCCGAAUGUCUCUGUUGCAGCAUCUAGUCUGUCAUCUGUCACUACGGCCAACAACUCGUCAACCUACACGACGGCGAGUUCCGAGAGAAGCAUCAACGACGAAGGGGUGUACUACUCGGAGGAUGACGAAGAGGACACGAAGCACAGUGCCAUCAACUUGACGAGGUCGUCUUCCCUCACCACUGGAUUUAUGGACUCUGUUUUUGCGGCUAAAAAGGUGAGGCAUUUAAGGAAAUCCGCCAAUCCCAUGAAACGACGAUGGAAUCCUACAGUUUUGGCAACCCUCUCGACAAAUCCAGCGACUGGCAAAAAAAGAGUCCAGUGUCAUGUAUGUCUGAAAACUUUCUGUGAUAAAGGUGCUCUAAAGAUACAUUUUAGUGCCGUUCAUCUCCGAGAGAUGCACAAGUGCACAGUGGAAGGUUGCAAUAUGAUGUUUAGUUCGCGCCGUAGCCGCAACAGGCACAGUGCGAACCCCAACCCAAAGCUCCAUACUCCUAAUUAUAGGCGAAAAAUUAAUCCACAUGACGGUAGGGCAGCAAAUCCAUAUCCUAUGAUGCCACCAUCAGGCAUGUUAGACUUUACAAAUGGUGUUGUCUCAUAUUCUUCUGGUCCUCAUGAUGGUGAUAGCAGCUCUGUUUCCGACGAUGAACAAAAAUCUUUCGUAAGAACAGCGAAUAAUUCUUUGGAACUUAGGAAUGAAGAGAAAACUCGGAUGACAGAUUUUCAGGGAAGGAUUCCUCAUCGCAAUGAUGAUAUACCGUUGCCUCUUACGAAAAAAUUUCGUUUGGAACAUUCAGAAAAUGUAGAAAAUCUUCCUAAUGAAGGGAUGGAUCUAAGUAUGAAAGACGAUCGCCGGCAAAUAGAAAAAGAUUCUAAAGAGCAAAUAACAAACCUAUCAGAAAGUAAAAAAUGUCCCAUUAAUAAUCAAUCCUCUAAUUCUUGUGAUAAAAAUGAUAAAAUGGAAACUUCAGAGAACGAAAAGGCUGAAAAUGCCGAAUUAGAGAAUCAUCAUCCAGUCAAAGCAGAGCCCAUAGUAACAGAAAUUCGAAUUACUGAUAAAGAUAAAAAUCCAGUGUCUACAAAAGGUGUUCGCAAAAGGAAGAGCCUCAACCCAAUAAAAUGUCCAACAACGAGUGAUGAGGAUUUGCAGUUUGUGUCAACAGACGAUUCUUCUAGUGACACGUACAUUGACCAAGAAAAUGACGAAAAUGGUUUAUUGGACUCUAAAUCUGAUUUUCUGUCAUCUGAUGGCUCUGAUUCUAUGAAUGACAUUGACGAUCUUGAUGAUAAUAAUUCAGACACGGAAAGUACUAAAAGACUGGUAUCUCAUAAAAUACAAAAUGAUUUAAAAAUAUCUUCCCCACCGGUAUCGAUAUCCGUUCCAAAUACAAGUGUAAUUGAAAGAACCAAGUCGGACAAAAAAUAUCAUGAUCAAGAAAGAUACAAUGGUUUUUCAGGGUCAGAUUUGGAGCGAUUUCGCCAUGAAGUUUCUACCAAUCAAACAAAAGACAAUGAAGAUUUCUCAGAAAAUCCAUUAAGACACUUGGAAUCCCUGUCUUUAGGCGCUUUCACUAAUAUGAUGAACAUGAAUAAUCGAACAACAUUUGCUCAUAAUCCUAAUACCUCAAGUGGAGUUUCGUAUCACGCGCCUGGACUAGGUUUGGCAUCUGUUACAACAACCACUGCACCCCACAGAUCGGAUUCUCCUACCACAGAAAGGAUGCAAUCCUUAAUAAAUACCGGUUCUCAUGCACCUCCUCCAGCCUUGACCUCUAAUUGUCACUUGAACAAUAGCGACACAGAUAACUCUAUGUCAGAUCAGCAGAUGCCGUUACCUCCUGUUUACAGGGAUGCCUCCGUGAUCGGAUCUGUGGAGAUCCCCGUAGACAAGGAAAAUCCGCGAAGAUGCACGGCCUGUGGUAAGAUCUUUCAAAAUCAUUUUGGUGUCAAAACUCAUUAUCAAAAUGUCCACCUCAAACUCAUGCACAAAUGUACUGUGGAGGGUUGCAAUGCUGCUUUUCCUUCCAAACGCAGUCGCGAUCGUCACAGUGCCAACUUAAAUCUUCAUAGAAAGUUGCUGUCCACUUCAUCGGACAAAUCUGCCGGUGCCUACUUUGACAAAACCAGUGCUAUUUAUCCUUUUCCAACUGACACUUACCGGGGAGAUAUAUUCUCCCGUUUCUACGACCACAACUCGCUUCCACUGAGCUUUGCGGAAAUGUACCACAGUCGUCUAUCAGCUGAAAGUGGCGGACACCCAUUCUUAGGUGGCACACCAUUUGCACAUUUACCCGGCACAAUACCGGGCUUUCAUCCAGCGUUCCUACCACCAUCAACCACCGUGACGAACUAUAAAAACGACAACGGUUCCCGGUAUCACAACCGCCACGAAGAGAACAGUGGUCGCAACAGUUCUUUAAGUUCCAUCAGCAAUCCAUCAUCUCCUGGACAACCAUCUUUAAGAGGAUCACCAAAAGCAAAUCCUCCUUCUAUAAAACUAGAAGAGGAUUUGACACCCGAUUCGGAAGGAAGGUUCAUGUGUACGAUAUGUGAAAAAAAGUUUCAUGAAUGUGUCGUGUUAAGGGAGCACUAUGAAAAAUGCCACACGCAAUCUCUGCUGCAGUGCUCCACGAAUGGUUGCAAUAAAGCGUUUCUAUCGAGACAAUCGCGGAACAUUCAUAACGACAUAUUGCACAAGGAAAAGAUUGCAGAAACUACGUAGUCAGAACUAAAAUGGCUGUGUUCAAUAGUGUAAGUACACUGAACUUAAGUGAUGUGCCAACCCAAAUUCGUAUACGACUGCGAAAUGUACAAAAACAAAAUUAAACCCUGUCAUAUAGAUUUACCGAGGUGAAGUACACCUUCAUUUGAAAUCAUUUUCUUCUUGAGUUGAGAGUUUUAUUGUUGUUAUCCUGAGUUAGGAUACGUUAAAUUUCAAAUGAUGGUUAUUCUAAAAUUUAAUGGUUUGAAUACCAACCGAGAAGAAGAAAAAUUCUCAGAAUAUUUUCUUUCAACAUUAUACUAAUUGUGUUUUUCUAACAUUAAGUGCCAAUUUUCAGUUUUAUUUUUGCCUAACUAAAACGUUUUGUUGAGUAGUUGUUUCAUGCCCAAACUAAAGUCUUACGUUUUGGCAGUCCUGUUUACAAAAAGAAGUGUAUAAAUAUGUUGUUGUCACGCCAAAAUUUCUGGUUGCAUUUUGGUAUGAAGUUGUGAUCUUUAAACACUCAACAAAGCGUUGAUUCUUUAAUUUCUUAAAUUUCGAACAAUGGCGGGCCUUGUUCUAAGUUUUAAGUUAUUUUGUAUUUCAUAUUAUUUUGAAAAGAGUUUACGGUAUCCUUAGCUUUACGUAGGACUAUUCGCAACUACUUUUGUAAAAAUGUACAUAAAAAUAUCAAAAGCUUUAUUGUGUCUUGAAGUAAAAUUGUUUUGUUGAAGUUUAUGUUAAACAUAUAAUUAAUAUAAGUAAGAAGCAGUGGAGUGAAAAAAAUAUGCAAGCAAUAUUCAUAACUAUAUGCCCAAAAAUUAUGAAUUAUAAACGUCACAAUUGUACUGUUUACCUGCUGUAUCAUUUGAGCCUAUUUUUUAAUAUAUUUUUUUUUUCUUAAGGCCGCUAUAUAUAUACAUAUAUACUAGCAGCCGAUGUAUCACACAUUUUUUGGGUCAGACUUUUCAUUGUUGAAAACUAAGGUUACCAGAGCAAGGAUCCGAGACAUUGCCAAAUCUCACCAAAUUAGUGAAAGUUUGAACGCGAGAGAAACUUUUUUAUAUCCGCCAUAUUGUAUUUCAAUUUCCUUAGAAUCCAGAAAAAAAAAAUAAAAAAAGAGCAAUGGAUUUUAAAGUGUAGAUGAAAUUUCUAAACUGCGAUUAUGUGUAAAAUCAUUUAAAUACUGUGCAAAAAAUAUCAGCAAAAAAAAAAAAAAAAAACCCACCUCGCAUACUUUAUUUAAUUAGCAAUUCCGUUUCUCUAAUAAUUGCUCACUGUCCAGAGUCGCCGAAAUUCGAUAUCAUGCCAGAAAAGGCAACCCCGCAAACACGCGCUCUGAUCCAAAAUGGCGGAUACGUCGACCUAUUUAUAUAGUGGCGCUAAAAUUACCUGAUAACUGUGCCAACGUUCUUUCAUCUUGCCAAAUUUAUUAUAUAUACUGGUGGUGCAUUCUGAAAAACCAAAUGAAUAAUUUUCUCACUAAACAUUGCGGCCAAUUUGUUUUUAAAAUAUUUUCAAAAAUCUAAAUUUUAUUUGUAGUAUACAACCGUAGUUCUUCAUAUCAGUUGUACAUAACUUUCAGGUGUAUUUUCUCUACUCUUAUGUUUAUUUUGUACUUAAAAUGUUACCUAAAAUACGUUCUCCCGAGGAGCAAGCAGUUUUUAAUUUAUUGAGUCCUCCAUUUUGUAAUAUACAGUUAUUUCUCUUUAUUGUUGCAAUUUUAUUUCAUUUUUGUGGUACUUAAAAUAAAGUACUAGAA